AAAUAACCCGAUUAAUAAUUUCGAAAAAAAGGUUGUGGGUACGUUAUAAUAACAUUAAUAUUGGCGUUGUGCGAGGAUCGUUGAUUUGCAUUUCAAACGGCACGGUGUGAGUGUUGGCCAUCACAGCACACGGAUACAUAAUAUAUUAUAUCAUGAAAUACGAUAUUUAACGUUACGGAAUCAUGCCAUAGUAUGCACUGUGGUUUUAUUAUUACUAUUAUUAUUUUGGUGAUGGCGGCAUGUUGCGCCGUAGCUUGCAACAUAUCGUUGUUGUGAUGUCGUGCAGACUGCAGUCAUGUGCUGUGCAAUCGUGACGCCAGUCACUCGCUCGUAAUUCUUUCCGACUACGAUUUGAACGAAAACAACAAUACGUAUUUUGUAGUGACUUCCACAUGACGAGUGACGAUAAACGAUAAUCCAGAGCUGUAAGUUUCGUGUACUUGCGCUCGUAUUGUAGCAUUAGCAUAAACACAUAAGUGUAUCCUUUAUUUUAAUAUCUAUAGCCGAACGUACGUGUAAUAACCGAACCACGCUAUCUACCGUGUAUACACUGUGAUACCACAUUAACGACUGUCGUUCUGGGCGCCAGUCCAACAAUAUACCCAGGAGGGGGAUUCUUUAACCAAAGUGUUAUAGAUAAUUAACAAAAUGGUGAUUAAGAUUAUCAUCAUCGGGGCCGGAGUUGGUGGUACAGCAGCUGCUGCUAGACUUAGCAAAAAAGGAUUUCAAGUAGAGAUUUAUGAAAAAAAUGCAUAUAACGGUGGAAGAUGUUCGCUCAUUUAUCAAAACGGACAUCGAUUUGAUCAAGGACCGUCGUUGUAUUUGAUGCCUAAAAUAUUUGAAGAGACAUUUGAAGAUCUGGGAGAGGACAUUAAAAAUCACAUAGAAUUAUUGAAGUGUCCUUCUAAUUACAGCGUACAUUUUCACGACGGUAAAACAUUCGAACUCACCACAGAUAUAUCUAAAUUAUCUCGUUCUUUGGAAAAAUACGAAGGUAAUGGUGAAUCGACUUUAAUUAAUUUUUUGAGCUAUUUAAAGGAAACUCACGUGCACUAUCAAAGGAGCGUUAAAGUUGCACUCAAGACCGAUUUCCAACAUUGGUAUGAUUUUUUCAAUCCAAAACAUUUACCAGACGUAAUACAGCUGCAUCUGUUGGACACUGUUUACAACAGAGUUUGUAAAUAUUUCAAAAGCGACUACAUGAGACGGGCGUUUUCAUUCCAGACUAUGUACUUGGGAAUGUCGCCAUACGACGGUUUAGCACCUUAUAGUUUACUGCAGUACACUGAAAUAGCCGAAGGAAUUUGGUACCCGAAAGGAGGUUUUAACAAAGUCUUACAAAGUCUGGAAAACAUUGCCGUACGACAUGGAGCCAAGUUCAAUUAUAACGCCGAUGUCCAAGAAAUAAUAGUCGAUGACAACGGAGUGGCGAAAGGAAUCAAACUGGCAAACGGCGAUGUAGUAAAUAGUGACAUUGUAAUUUGUAAUGCAGAUCUCAUAUACGCGUACAACAAACUUUUACCAAAGACGUCGUACGCUGAAAAGCUCGGCAAAAAAGAACUUACUUCUUCUUCGAUAUCAUUCUAUUGGUCCAUGAAAACAAUUGUGUCUCAAUUGGAAGUGCACAACAUAUUUUUGGCCGAAAAAUAUAAACAAAGUUUCGAUCAAAUAUUCAAGGAUCAUACGUUGCCCGACGAACCGUCGUUUUAUGUUAACGUACCUAGUCGCAUUGACCCGACAGCAGCGCCAGAAGGAAAAGACACGGUCGUAGUUCUAGUACCAGUGGGACAUUUAUCAAAUUUACCAAACAUUGAUUUCGAUCAACUCGUGAAGAAGGCUAGGGAACAAGUAAUCGACACAAUAGAAAAGAGAUUAAAGAUAUCGAACUUCAGAAGCAUGAUCGACCACGAGAUAGUGAAUGAUCCGAGAACGUGGCAAAACGAAUUCAAUUUAUGGAAAGGAUCUAUACUGGGAUUAUCUCACUCAUUGUUUCAGGUUUUAUGGUUCAGACCCAGUUUGAAAUGUAAAAUAUUUGAAAACUUGUACUUUGUUGGUGCUUCGGCACAGCCUGGUACUGGUGUACCAAUAGUUUUGUGUGGUGCAAAAAUGCUAGAGAAACAAUUGUGUGAUAGAUUUUUAGAGGGCAAAGUAGAAAUUGACAUAGGGUCGAAGUGUGUUUCAUUUUUAAUCGGUCUCCUAGCACUUCUGAUUUUUUGGUUUUUUUUUUAGAUUUUAAUAAUGAUUGUUAUU